AUGAAGACAAGUUUACAAAGUAUUGCUAUAUCCGCGGUUGUGAAAAGGCUGUUCAUCCCUAGGGUGUAUACACAUCCACCAGUCAACCCCGCGUUCAAUCUCAAGGUACAGACAGGGCUCCACGGCUUCGGCUAUACCACUUCGGCUCCCAGAAGAUUACCAUCCAUCUACCGCAAUAUGACUUCUCUUCCAACUUCUCAGAAGGGGGUUUUAGUCUCCAAGAUAGGAGGCCCCGAAGUCCUUGAGUAUAGAAUGGACUUGCCCGUCCCUUCACCCAAGGAAGGGGAAGUCCUUGUCAAAAACAAUCUUACUGCCAUUAAUCUCAUCGACACAUACUUCAGGAAGGGUGUAUAUGACUCUACCAAACCUGAGAUUCUGGGCAAAGAAGGCGCUGGUACCAUUGUUGCGUUAGGUCCCGGCCCGAACCCUUACAACUUCGCUGUUGGUGAUCGCGUAGCAUGGAUCGGAACUGCAGGAUAUGCAGAGUACAGCACCCCACCAGCAUACAGAGUAGCAAAGAUUCCCCAGGGUGUCUCCGACGAGGAUGUGCUCGCCGUGUUACUGACUGGUGCCACUUGCCUUUCCUUCAUCCGGGAAGCAUACGAGGUCAAGAAAGGUGACUGGAUUCUUCUUCAUGCUGCGGCUGGCGGAGCAGGUAUCAUCAUGACCCAGUUGCUCAAGCUAGCUGGUGCCAAAGUCAUCGGCACUGCGGGGGGGCCUGAAAAGGUUGAACUCGUCAGGGGCCUGGGUGCGGAUGUGGUUAUUGAUUAUAAGAGCACGGAGGGUGCUAAGUGGCUGGAUAAGGUGAUGGAGGUCACCGGUGGCGAGGGUGUGAACGCAGUGUACGAUUCAGUGGGCAAGGAUACCUGGGAAGACAGUCUCAAGGCUGUCAGGCGGAAAGGAUCUGUAGUUUUCUUCGGAAACUCUAGUGGUGUUGUGCCUCCAUUCCCAAUUUCGAUGCUCGCAGGGAAGAAUAUUAAGAUAUGCCGCCCUGUUCUCUUCAAUUAUAUAUAUACCCGUGAAGAGUUUGACCUAUAUAUGAACGAACUCUUCCAGUUGCUUGAGGCAGGGAAGUUAAAAACAAGCAUCUAUAAGAUAUACCCACUUGAGGAUAUUCAGCAAGCACAUAAG